CUGUCUCCGCAACCGUCAAACCAAAUUCCCCAAAGGUGUCGGACAAGGAAGGAGCCGUCUUCAACACAAAACACAACACAGACAGAACAAUGGGGAGUCUGUUUAGGAGGAUAAUGUAGGUCUUUCCUUUUUUUAUAUAGAUAAUUCAUUGGACGAUAUAUUUAUUAGUUUAAUCGAUCAAUCAUCAACGAUGAGGAGGUUGAUACUGGCCGCGUUCGUCCUCUCUUCCCUACCGACAGAGGUGCAGAGUGUCCAGGUGAAUGUUCCUCAGACAGAGAGGAGUACAGCUCUGUUUGCCUCCGUCAUCCUGAAGUGUGACUACUCCACCUCCGCUAACCAGCAGGAUGUCCAGGUCACCUGGCGAUACAAGUCCUUCUGCAAGGACCCCAUCCUGGAGUAUUACUCCCAAGCGUACCAGAAUGCUCUGCAGCUGGGUCAGGAUCCGGCCAAUGACUGCCCAGACCGCCAGCGCACGGUGAGGAUCAUCGUCCAGAAGAGAGGCACCAACGAGGCCAUACUGGGCACAGAGUACCGGGAACGCAAGAUCUCCGUCCAGAACAAGGCUGACCUGGUGAUCAAUGAGAUCAUGUGGUGGGACAACGGAGUUUACUACUGUUCUGUGGAAGCCACAGGAGACACCAGCGGCGGCUUGGAUGGCGUGAUCAACCUCAUGGUCUACAACUGGCUGACGGUGCUGUUCAUGGUGAUUGGAGCUCUGCUCCUCAUCCUGCUCUUCUGUAUCUGCUGCUGCCAGUGUUGUCCUCAGAGGUGCUGCUGCUACGUCCGCUGUCCCUGCUGCCCACAGACCUGCUGCUGUCCUGAGAAAGCGGUGAUGCAGCACAGGAUGAUGAAGGAUGCCCAGAGGGCCAUGGGUCCAUGGAUGGGAGGUCAGCCUAUGUACAGCCCCAUGAGCCACGGCUCCUCACAGAUGAACCCUCUGCUGUAUGCAGGCUCCCAAUCAGGGAAGAGCAUCGCCAUGGCCCCCAUGCCCCUCCCCCCUCCCCCGUCCGGCUACAACAUGCCCCCCAGUGUCCAUGCUGCCAGCGUCUACGGCAACCAACAUCCCGGCAACAAGCAGAUGCUGGACUACCUGGAGAGCCAGGUGAGGGGCAUGGAUGGGACCAGCCCCAUGAUGCAGCCACAGCCCCACCACCAGCAGCUCCAGAUGAUACCCCCUCCCCCUCAGUACAUGAUGCAGCCCCAGCAUGUCCCCUUCUCAGCGGGUCCUCCCAGCAUGCUCUCUGGCCUGGACGACGGGGCCGUGGAGUACCGCGGGGUCAUCCAGAUGCCUCCCAUCAUAGAGCAGCCUGGACGAGGGGGUCGGAGAGGGGGCCAGCCGCCGCUUGCUCCUAAAACACGUCCACCCAGCUCCAGAGAAAGCAGCCGCAGUGAGAGUCGCUUCACCAAUCACCGUGACGACCGCAGCGAAGCCGGCGGGCGCCAUUACCCGUCGCCGCCAAGGAGCCAUGGCAUGCCAAGGAGCUUCAGCGAAGACUUUCUGGACGGGGAGAGCCGGGGGGCGCGAGGUCGAACGGGUUCACGUGACGACCUCAGCGACAGGGUCCCUCGAUCCCGCUCCAGAGACGACCUGUUUGAGGAGCAGCGUCGCGCCCCGCCUCCCAGCAACUACUCCCGCUCCCGCAGAGGGUCGUUCAGUUCAGAUGAGGAUGAAAACAGCAGGAGAGGAGAGGGCAGAGGUCACAGGAGAGGAGGAGGAGAAAUGUAUUCGGACACCCCGUCCAGCUAUUCUGAAUACGAGCCGGGACAGAAACCACCAAGGAGGAAUGAGCGUUACUCUGUUAAAACUCUGCUUUAGUUAGUACACUGAAUACACACUCCUAAACACACACACACACACACACACACACACACACACACACACACACACACACACACACACACACACACACACACACACACACACACACCCCUUCAAAAGCAUUUACCAUCUGACAAUGGUAUUUGAUCCAUGCCUUCAAUUACACAUAAUCAUAUUAUCACGCAGAUAUGAAAGAAUCACUCACAAAGACACAUGGGUGCAUACUACUUGGUCUCGUCACUGCUUCCAUUCAGGGAGCCUUUAAAUAAUGUGUCCCGCUACAGGACAAGAGUUCUGGCAGGGGCACUGUGGUCAUCUGAUCUGGGCUCUCACUGGCUACCUCUCCUUUCCUUCUGCUGGAUGGUAUUACAACAGCCCCCUCUGCUGGUUGAACGGAUAAGUGCAGAUAAGUGCCCAAUCUUAACAAUCUGUUGUGUAAACAAAAGCUGUGUGUGCAGUACAGUAGUCAGCCAGCCAGUCAGUCAGCCAGUCAGUCAGUCAGCCAGUCAGUCAGCCCUCAACAGUAAAUGAGCAGUUGAAAGGCUCAGCAUUGGGAAAUCAGAGACUGUAGAAAGAGCUGAGGUUGGGCAAUUUUGCAGAGCUAAGCAAUUGUCUUUGGUCAUCAGCCAUGUUGUCCUCCUCCUUCACCUUCGCUCUUUGUUUUCCUCCAUCGGCCCUACAUCUCUCCAUCUUGUAUUAUCCUAACGGGGAAAGAAAGGACUAAACGAGAGAAAUGAAUGACAACAUAUGAAAGACUUAGAAAGCACGAAUGAUAGCUUGCGGCAUGCAAUUCGACAUGUCGAUCUGAUUUUCCAGAUUCAUACUCUAGAACAUUUACAAUUUCUUGAACGUUUUUGAAGUUACUACACAUAUCUUAAGUUGACGUUUUGAAGGGUAUUUUGGUUUUAUAUUUGACAUUUUAUUUGUAUCAUUGCCAUAACAUUGUUAACAGAUGAGAAUAAUACAUAAUAUGCCUUAUUUAAUUGUUUGUCAAAAGUAAACCCGAAAACAAAAUGUUUACUGUUUGUUUUUAGCCAUAGCCUAUGUAGGCUUGUAUUCCAUGAUCAUUCAGGUCCCUUUUCUACAUGUUGUACAUGUAAAUAGUUUGAAUUGUGCGCUCUGCCUGGACAUGUUGACUUGUGAAUAUUCAGUUAUGUAGGUAUCGAUAUGGCUCACGAUAUUUCACAUGUGAGGAAAAUGAGCAAAGACGAUGUGCUGUUACGUGAAGUCAGUUUGCUUAGGGACUUAUCCUAUUAGAGAAAGCAAAACCACCACCAUCUCCUCAGGGGGAACUAGGCUUCGAUGUGAAGAUCACAGCUGUAUGAUUUGGUGGUGGUGUAAGUUACUCCCUCUUAGGGACAAUGAAGGAAAUGCUUUCAAUAAAGUUAUUUUAUAGAUA